GAUAAACAAAAAACAAACAUGGGACUCUUUGGAAGAAAAUUCAAGGCAUCAAAAGUUACAACACUGGCUAACCUUGCCAUCUCAAGGAUUUCCAUUCUGAAAAAACAACACCAAGUUAGGUGCUCACUUUCCCGUUCUGAUGUUACUCAACUACUAAAUCUUAGUCGCCAAGAAGAUGCUCUUCAUCGAGUCGAACUUGUUAUCAAGGAACAGAACACUGUAGAUGCACUUACAAUGAUGGAAAAGUAUUGCCAUCUCCUAAUAGAAAAAAAGGUGCUCAUAAAAACUAAAGGGGAAUGUCCUGAGGAGCUAGCAGAGGCAAUCUCAAGCUUGAUUUAUGCAGCUUCAAGAUGGGGAGAAUUCCCAGAGCUACAUGAACUUCGUGAGAUUUUCACCUCAAGAUAUGGGAAUGAAUUUGCAGCUCAAUGUGUUGAAUUAAGAAAUAAUUGUAGCGUGCAGCCAAAGAUGAUACCGAAGCUAUCAAGACAUCACACAGGGUCAGGGAAAAGACGCGAUAUGCUUAAUGAUAUUGCUGCUGAUUGUGGUAUCAAUCUGUGUGCAGAGGAUGAGACUUGUCACAUAUCACAAUCAAAGCCAGAGGUUAACAGUGAAAAUGAAUGUGCUAAAGGUGAAGAGGGAUCUUAACAAGGCAUAAAAGCAGAUUCAGUGAUCAUAUUGAAGGGUAGUCAGAUAGUACAUAAGAACUGAUGCUUCUCCUAUCAGCAGCAGCAGCACUACUAGCAAGACUUUUUUGGAUCCAUCCAAGUCUACUAAGGGAUGGUUGACUGACAAGCAUCUUUGCAAUCAUGUAACCAUAACACAUUCGCCAGGAAAACAACGAUAGAGCAGCUGCAUGUUCAGGGAUGAACUGCUACCUUCAUAUUCUUUUCUUAGCUAGGAAUUUGCUUGUGUGUAUGUUGGGGAGUGGGGGGUUGUUGAAGACAGAAAAAUACAGGUAAAUGUAGAUCAGUAAGCAAUUACAUAUGUUCUGCAGAAAACAUGAGAUACUACAUUUAUUACAUCCCCAAUAAUAAAUAACUUAUGCUCCCUACAAAUUCUUUAAGAUUCA